AAUGUCGAAGGGUUCAGUAUCCCCCCAAGCUCGAGAUCGCCUGGCUCCAAAACUCCGAGAAAAGAGCAACAAGUUAAAACAACUGGACUUGUUCUACAAAGAUCCAUUAGAAGAUGGUCACGGAGGCAGAUCUGAGCAGAAACCUGAGGACUGUGUGCCCGACCUGCCGGAGAACAGCGAGGUGCGAGAAUUUCUGAAGUCUGCUCCAACAAAAGGGCUGUGGAUGCCACUAGGGAAGGAGGUAAAAGUGAUGCAAUGUUGGCGAUGCAAACAGUAUGGUCACCGAACAGGAGAUAAAGAGUGUACUUUAGCCUCUAAAGGGAACCUUCAGAACGAACAGUUUCGUAAGAUGCACGAGGAUCCAAUGUAUCACAUGAUGCGGCAGAAGCACGAUGACCAGGAUGAGGAGGCACACCAAAAAGAGUUGAGGAUAGCUCAGAUGAAAGCAAUGUUGGAGGAAGAUACUAGUGGUGGCAGUGAUGAAGACUCCGAAAAGAAAAAGAAGAAGAAGAAAAAGAAGAGCAAGAAGAAGAAAAGGAAAAAGUCAGAUCAAUCCACGGAGGAGAAAGAUACAGAUCAUGGUAAAAAGAGGAGUUCAGAAAAGAAAAAUAAAAAGAAGAAAAAAAGGAGACUCCAUCCGUCGGACAGUGAGGAUUCAAAAGAUUGA